AUGCUGGACAUAUUCCGAGGCCUCAAGAGCCUGAUCAAGAUCUCUCACGUGCACAUCGACACAGCUGUGUUCCGAUUGCACUACAGUUUCACGGUCAUCCUUCUCAUCUCUUUCUCGUUAAUCGUCACUACCAGACAGUACGUUGGCAAUCCCAUCGAUUGCAUUCACAGUAAGGAUUUACCCGAGGACGUGUUGAACACGUAUUGCUGGAUCCACAGCACGUAUACGAUCACAGCGGCUUACAGGAAACGGGAGGGUUUCGAGGUUCCGUUUCCUGGCGUGGAUAACUCGAAAUCGCAUCCGGAGACGGAGAGGAAGGAGUACAGGUACUAUCAGUGGGUCUGCUUCAUGCUGUUUCUACAGAUCCAACGGCUCUCGGAGGAUACGCUAAUAUUUCGACUGCAUUAUCGCGCGACAGUGGCGCUACUCCUCGGCGGAUGCGUGACGCUUGCCUGCAAGAGCAUUUCCGGUUCCCCGAUUCACUGCGAGGCCUCUGGUUCCGUGGACAAAGUUGUUCUCGAGACUUUCUGCUGGCUCCAUACCACGUAUAGCAUGGUGCACGCGUUCAACAUGAGUCUGGGCCAGGCAGUGCCCUAUCCUGGUGUUUCCAAUAGCAAAGGCGAUGGAUUGAACGGGAACGUGCCGCAUCCGUUGGUCAAACAGCACAAAUACUAUCAGUGGGUCAUCUUCUUUCUGCUGUUGCAAGCGAUACUCUUCUACACGCCACGGUGGCUGUGGAAAGGGUGGGAGGGUGGCAAGAUCCACGCGUUGAUGAUGGACCUCGACAUUGGCCUCUGUUCGGAGGUCGAGAAGAAGCAGAAGAAAAAGAUGUUACUCGAUUAUCUCUGGGAAAAUCUUCGCUAUCACAAUUGGUGGGCUUACAGGUACUACCUCUGCGAAGUUCUCGCCCUGGUGAAUGUUAUCGGUCAGAUGUUUCUGAUGAACCGGUUCUUCGACGGUGCGUUUCUGACGUUUGGUAUCGACGUGCUCAGGUUCCUCGAGUCAGAUCAAGAGGACCGGGUCGAUCCAAUGAUUUAUGUGUUCCCAAGGAUGACCAAGUGCACCUUCUACAAAUAUGGCGUCAGCGGUGAGGUCGAAAGGCACGACGCCGUUUGCAUACUGCCCCUGAAUGUCGUCAACGAGAAAAUAUACGUUUUUCUCUGGUUCUGGUUCCUCUUCCUCGGCGUGCUCAGCUUCAUCACGGUUUUAUACAGG